GUAGGGACCAAACAAAGUAGAGUCUGUCAGAUUGGCGUGCCCAGCCCACCACUCUAUUUUCUUCUUUCUUUCUUUCAGAUUGGGGAGGAACCACAUUAGCCUUCACCCAAAAAGCAAGCCACUCACUUUCCGGUUGCAGCAGCGCAAGAAAAAAAGUAGAAAAAUAAUAUUAAAAAAAAACCACAGAUUUACAGCUAGUAUUUGUUAAAUUUUGUAUGGGUUCGUGAAGGGGUGUACUGCGAAUUCAGAUUCCGAGUAUAAAAAGAUUUGAGUGGAGAAAAAAAAGCGGAGUGGUGGUGGGGGCGGUGGUGCUGAUUCUAAAGAGAUAGAAGAGACUUUGGGAACAUUCUGCGCUUGGCUUUUUGCGAAAACAUGGUGUUGCCAUGGUGGCUGGCAAAGAUUAGGGACAACUCAUCUUUUUGAUGGGUGGUUUUCUCUUUUCGUGUGUGUGUUCUUUGCUCGCUUGGGGCUAAUCAUCUUUUUUCGAUCACCUAAAGAUACUAGUAUUAGCAGCAGCAUAGCAUAUUCUUGUGGUGGUGGCCCUUGCAGGUGGCCUUUGUCUCUCAAACUACAUUUCAUUUCAUCUCUACUGCUUUUACAGUGUGUUUGCACUGUUUUCGCCUCUUCCCUCUUUUCUAUUGAUUCUUCUCUCUCGCUUUGCAGCUUGGGUUGGACCAUUUGCAUUACUAAACUCUCUGAUGUCCCAGACUUUCAUUGGGCUGUUAGGUUUCUCCAAGUUACUGUAUAAAUUUCAGUUGAGGAGGCACAGAGAUUCAAGAGGGGAAUUGGGGGAUAAGAUAAACUAAUCAAAACAAAGGCGGUGGCCUUUGCUAUAAUAAUACCAUUGCUCAUACACUCAUACACUGUUUUUUCUUCAACAACACACACAGCCUCUGGAGCAUAAAUCUCUUUGUUUUCUCGGGUUUGUGUUCGUUGCCUUGAAUCAAUCCCAGAACGCCUCUUGGUAUACUGGGAUUUGUUUUCUUUGAGAUUUAAUUGAGUUGAAAAGACAAUCAAUAUGAAGUUCAUGAAACUUGGGUCCAAACCUGAUCAGUUUCAGAGCGAAGCUGAUAAUAAUAUCAGGUACGUAGCGACUGAAUUGGCAACUGAUGUGGUUAUCAACGUCGGGGAUGUGAGAUUUUAUCUACACAAGUUUCCUCUUCUGUCCAAGAGUUCUCGCUUGCAAAAACUGGUUGCAUCUUCAAAUGAAGAUAGCAACGACGACGAGAUUAACAUCCAUGAUAUACCCGGUGGACCGGCUGCAUUUGAAAUUUGUGCAAAGUAUUGUUAUGGCAUGACGGUUACCCUUAAUGCGUACAACGUGGUUGCUGCUCGAUGUGCAGCAGAGUACCUGGGGAUGUACGAAACAGUUGACAAAGGAAACCUUAUCUACAAGGUUGAAGUGUUUCUUGCGUCCAGCAUUUUCAGGAGCUGGAAAGACUCGAUUAUUGUUCUUCAUACAACCAAAUCUUUUCUUCCCUGGUCGGAGGCGCUGAAAAUUGUUAGCCACUGCCUUGACUCCGUCGCUUUUAAAGCGUCAAUCGACCCCUCCAAGGUCGAGUGGUCGUAUACCUACAACCGUAAGAAGCUUCCAUCUGAAAACGGGAACGAUUCUCACUGGAAUGGAGUCCAAAAGCUGCACACGGUCCCGAAUGAUUGGUGGGUGGAGGACCUUUGUGAGCUGAGUAUAGACUUAUACAAACGAGUCAUCACGAGUAUAAAGUCGAAGGGACAAACAUCUGCUGAUAUAAUUGGAGAAGCGUUGAAAGCGUAUGCUUAUAGGAGGCUGCCCGGGUUCAGCAAGGGGGGCGUAGUACAAGGAAGCGAUCCUAUGAAGUAUCGGCACGUGGUCGACACCAUUACAGGCUUAUUGCCCCCCGAGAAAAACAGCGUUCCCUGCAGUUUCUUGCUCAAACUGUUCCAAGCAUCCAUCACAUUGGAUUGCGGAGAAACCCAGAGACGAGAGCUGAUGAGAAGGAUCGGCCUGCAGCUGGAAGACGCUACUGUAGCUGAUCUUUUAAUUCAAGCACCCAAAGACGAGCAAACUGUAUAUGAUAUCGGCAUUGUACACGACCUAGUCGAGCAGUUUCUGAUGCAGGAACAACGUUUUCAGGUUGAAUGCACAGCAGAUAACGAAUUCCAGGAUAUGUGCCCCGUGUUCACUUCAGACGCUUCAAAGGCUAAGGUGGCUAGGCUAGUUGAUGGCUACCUCACCGAAGUUGCAAAAGAUUCCAAUUUACCAUUGUCGAAAUUCGUUGAUCUUGCAGAGAUGGUAUCUGGAUUCCCCAGACCGUCACAUGAUGGAAUUUACCGCGCAGUUGACAUGUUUCUCAAGGAACAUCCUGGGAUCACUAAAAGUGAAAGGAAAAAGAUAUGUCGGCUUAUGGAUUGUCGGAAGCUAUCGGUGGAGGCCUGCAUGCACGCUGUGCAAAACGAGCGGCUUCCACUGCGAGUGGUUGUACAGGUUCUGUUCUUCGAGCAAGUAAGAUCUGCAACGUCAUCCGACGAGGGCAGCACUUCCACCCUCCCGGGAUCAAUCAGGGCGCUGCUACCGGGAGGAUCCCACGGGAGCUCGCGGACCACUACAACCAACACCGAGGAGGAUUGGGACGCUGUGCCCACAGCCGAGGAGCUCAAGGCUUUGAAAGGCGAGCUCGCUACUCUGAAGCUAAGGGAUGGAGCAGGAAGCAACUACGACGGUCAGGCUAACGAUGCGAAAACCAGCGCCGAAAAGACGGCCACGAACAAAGUAAAGAACUUAAUCGUGUGGAAGAAGAUCUUCUCGAAGCUGUGGUCCAACAAAGAUAGGCACAGUGAAAACAGCAGUUCAGAUACCUCAGACAGCCCUGCAUCAACCACCGGGGACGAGACGAAGUCCACUCCGUCGAGAAGUAGGAGACACUCCUUGUCUUAGGCUGGGGAUUCUAUCGACAUAUGUAAAAGGUAUUGUUCCAGUUACAUUAGGACUAGAAUCAAAUGAUGUCUGCGAGCUAACAACUGUGAAUGUAAGCAGUUAGUAGUUAAGUUUCCCUAUGUAAUUCUUUAGCAGCAUUAGUUUGUGUUUGUUUUCACAAUGUAGAGCACAGCUCAGAACAGACAUUUUCUGUCUAAGGUUUUGCAUUGUAUUUUGUUGUCCCUGCAAGAAAUAUAGCAGGUUUUUAUCCUCUAGUUUAA